AUGCUUCGCUUCAUAAAUGGCAAGAUACUCUUUUGGCUUUUUGUGAUGGCCCUCAUCUUUUCUGUUGAGGCGGUAAGACCAAUAUUUACUUAUGGUCAUCAAAUACCAUCAACAAGCUCAAGCCUUUCCUCGCAACCUCAUUCAGCAAGUAACCGUAACCCAGGCCGGCAUGGUCCAGGCUCCACUGCAUCACCUUCUUCAGCCAAGAGUGGUCAAGGUAGCAAGCAUGAUCCGAUCGAUAUCGAAUCUAUCCCUGAAAAGACCUCAAGUCAACAUCAAAGUCCACAUAGCGGACAUGGCAGUCGUACAAAUCCAAUUCAUAUUUCCGAUUUAGGUGAACGAACACGACCGAUUGAAUUGUCUGAUUCACAACACGGAUCUUCCCCUGUGAGACAAUCAGGACACGGUCAUAGCCCAACAAGAGAAGCAGCGGCAAGAGGAUCGUUUGAACAUCAGCACUCUUUAUACGCUAAUAAAAAGAGACCGUUUGGAAAAUCCACUGCUGCCGAAAUGUAG